AUGACAAUCACAGUUCCCAAGCACAUGAGGGAGGCUAGUCUUUGCAAAGGAUUCGGAUCGACACUGGUUGGACCCACCUUGAAGUGGUUGACCAGCCUGCCAAACGGAUGCAUCACUUCCUUUGCUCACAUCGACAACAUGUUCAAUCAGCAGUUUGCCAGCAACAGGUGUUUGGAGAAACAAACAAGCGACCUAUACCGAGUGGUUCAACGCCCAGACGAACCUCUAAAGGAUUACAUAGCUCGGUUCAUCAGGGAGAAGGUGACUGUACCUGAGUGUGACGUCCCAACGGCAAUCGAAGAAUUCAGGCAAGGGUUGUAUGGCGAGAACGACCUAUGGAGGGAUCUGAUCAAGUAUCCCUGCAAGACGUUCGAAGACGCACAAGCCAAAGCAAUGGCUCAGUUCAGGUUGGAAGAGACUCUCUACUCCAGGAAGGGAGCUAACGACUACACCAAGACGGACAUGUGA